GAUAACGGUCACAAAAACGGAUAACUGCCGAGAUACAACGUCAUAUGUUUUGGUUAUAUUGUUGAGAGCCAACGAGAGAGAGAGAGAGGCCAUAACGGAGUAAAAGAGAACUUCGUUCGGGUUUGCUUGUUUUGCUUUUUUUGCAAUAACCAACACCACAGACAAAGUAAAGCAAAUUGUUGUAGUUGUUGCCACUGUUGUUAUCACUGGGCCGACUGAGUGUGUUUUGUGUUCUUCGGUGCUUCGUUGGUGGCUUCAAUGUUUCGGCAGCUGUUGUUGUUCUCUGUUUUCGGUCGAGUAAGGAUAUAUGAAUACGGGAUAUCAGCGGCAGCAGCAGCACACUUUACCAAAUACAGAAAAACUCAAAUGGCAAAGACAAUGAUAACGACCCUCAAAUCGCAAGCAAAUUAAACGGGGAAUAAAAUUGUGAAAAUUAUUUUUAUAAUCUCCAGUUUUUUGUAAAUAAUUCCAAAUCUAAAUAAAAAUGUUUUCUACAAUGAAAUAAAAACGAAAAAAAUAACAAAACAAAAAAUGAAUUGGUUUCUGCAAAAAGUUCCAUGGAGAAAAAUGUGUAUAAUUUGACGGCUUACUUAAUAAAUGGCUGUAAUCUGAAGAAAAAAUAUUUAAACCUUAAAAAAAAAUAAAAAUUAAGUGCAAGAAAAUUCAAAAGGGAAAAUCUUACAACGAAUUCUUUAUAACAUAUUUAUUUUUCUUGUUUAAUAUGUUAAAGUGUAUUUAAGAAAAAAAUUAAAAAAACAAAAUUUUGUUAAAACCAGCUGUCGUUUGUUUUUUUGUACAAAAAAAUUGUUCUUGUUUAAAUUGUAAGAAAAAAACAUAAUUUCAAUAUGAAUAUUAUGCAGUCUUUUGGCGGUGGCGAUGGUGAUGCCGAACUGAAGGAACGCCUCAUUGCCUCGGUGAAAAAGGAGGUGAAACAGUUAAUGGAAGAAGCGGUGACAAAGAAAUACAUUCACGAAGAGAGUAGUUUGGUCACAUCCCUUUGCGGUGCCGUCGAAGCCUGCCUCAGCCAUGGUCUACGGCGACGAGCCUUGGGUCUCUUCAAAACAUCCUCGACCACCGCCCUAAUACAAAAAAUUGCCAAAGCCUGUCCGGAGGCAGACUAUGUUAGUCGACGUCUUUUGGAAAUUGAAGUGGCCAUCGAAAGUUCUACGGUGGCGGGUAAACGUUCCUGUUCGAGCAGUGAUAGUAUUAUAAAACCAAAACUCCUCAGCAAAGGUAGCAGUAAUUCGGUGACAACGAUAAAUACCUUGUCCAUGGGCUCGCCAGCCAAUGGACCGGUGGUUAAGUACCUGUGGAUUCGGGUGGCUUUAUAUGAAAAACGCUUAUCAAAAAUCAUUGAGCAUUUGGUGAACAAUGCCAAUAAUUACUAUGAUCGAGAUGCGCUGGUCGCAGAUCCCGAUUAUGGUAGCAUACUGAGUUCAUUGCUGGUGGGUCCUUGUGCUUUGGAAUUUACCAGGGCCAAGACGGCAGAUCAUUAUUGGUCAGAUCCGCCGGCAGAUGAGUUGAUACAAAGACAUCGCAUAAGUUCCGGUAACCGUACCCCACCCACCUGUCAUCGUCCCAUAAUCAAUUUCAAACGUAGUCUACACACAAGUUCCGAAGAUACCAGCAGUGGUUCGUUUAAGGCCAGCUCACCGGCCAGUGUGGCCAAGGACUAUGUGGAGUCCUUGCAUCAGAAUUCCCGCACCACUUUGCUGUAUGGCAAGAACAAUGUGCUGGUAUUGCCGAAAGAUGUUAGCGAACCCAUGCCAGGCUAUCUGAGUCUCCACCAAAACAUCCAAUCGCUGACCAUCAAAUGGACCCCUAACCAAUUGAUGAACGGCUAUACCGAUAAUGAAGGUUCCGAUCUCAGUUCGUAUUGGGCCUAUGCUCUGAAUAUAAAUGUCGAUGAAAUCGUCUAUGUUCAUUGUCAUCAGAAUCGUGGCGAGGACACAGGGGGUACAGUUAUCCUCGUCGGCCAGGAUGGUGUUCAGCGGCCGCCAAUACAUUUUCCCGAGGGUGGACAUAUGCAAGCGUUCCUCAGUUGUUUGGAAACAGGUCUAUUACCGCAUGGCCAACUAGAUCCGCCAUUGUGGUCACAACGAGGCAUUGGUAAAAUGUUCCCUUGGCCGAAGAGUGUGCGCCGGCGCAUUCUGCCCUCCGUUAUGGAAUCGAGUGAUGAAACACCCAUCGAUUAUGUCUUCCGUGUUGUUAGCAAGAGUCAGCAUGAAGAGUUUUUGGCCACCCAUCCCAUUUUGGAAUUGGGUCGCACCAGUCCGAGACGCAAACACUUGGGCAGCUGUUCCACCACCGGCAGCAGUGGUUGUUCCAGCAAGAGUUUAUCAAUGGAGCAGAGCAUAAAUGUUGACCCACCCUUGAUCCAAGCUAGCCAAACAGCUAGCAUAGAAUUGGUCUGCUCCACAAUGAGACGCCAAAUAAUAUCGAGAGCAUUUUAUGGUUGGCUGGCCUAUUGUCGCCAUUUAUCCACAGUUCGCACACAUCUGUCGGGAUUGGUUAAUGGACGCAUCACACCGGAUUUGGCUGUCAAUGAAUCGGGACUGACCCGAGAGAAAUGGAUAGCUUUACAUGAGGACGGUGUAAUAACCAGCCACGAGGAGCUAUUCCGCCUUGUCUACUUUGGUGGUGUGGCCCAUGAAAUACGCAAAGAGGUGUGGCCAUAUCUUUUGGGUUACUACAGCUUUGGUUCCACCACCGAGGAGCGACAGAAACUCGACGACACAAGUAAACACUACUACGAAACGACUAUGAGUGAAUGGCUGGCUGUGGAAGCCAUUGUCCGGCAACGGGAAAAGGAGAAAAAUGCCAAGGCCAUGGCCAAAAUAUCGGCAGAAAAUAAACGGAAAAAUGAGAAACAAGUUUAUCGUCAAACCGAACUGGAUCAGGAAGAUGUGGAAAAUGAUGUUUUCGAUGAUCAUGAUUUUUCGGAUAUCUCAGAUCCGGGUAUUGACUUCGAUGAUGAUUUCAUUGGACACAUACAGGAGGAAAAGGAUUCGGGUAAUUGUGAUGAUGAUGAAUUGGUGGAGGACGAUAUGGAGGGUAUGCUGAGGGAGAAGGAACAGAAUCGACGAAAUGAGGAAUAUGCCAAGGAGGUAGGGGAUGGUGAGGAGACAGCCACGGAAAAUGAUGAUGGUGAAGGCAAAGAGGUGGCAGAAAUGGACAUUAAAGAAGAAGAAGAUGAGGAGGAACAGGCAGAGGAGGCUGUGGAGGUGAGUGAAGUAGAGGGUGAAGCAGCAGAAACCGAUGUUGAAGAAGCCAAAAAUGCAACUGAUGAGAUAGUAGAGGAAGCAAACAUUCCAAACAUGGAAGAGGAAGGGGAAUCAGAAACUAAUGAAGAAGAAGUUGAGAUAAAUGGUGAGGCUACGGAGACCACUGAAGAUGUGGAACAAUCAACCCGAGACCAAAUUGUUGUGGCCCUGGAAGAAAUUGAACCCUUGCCCCUAAAUGAACAAUGCUUUGCCGAAUCAGAGCCAGAAAAUGGUCUUACACCCGAACAGGGUGGUAUGUUGCUGCUGAGCAUAAAAAGUUCUCCCUCCACUUCCUCCUAUGAAACAGUGGGUAAUGAAUUUACCGAUAUGGUAGAGAUGACAGCCAAUGAACAUGAUAUGGAAAUGGAAGAGGUCGAAGUGGAAGUAGAAGUUGAGGAAGCCAUGAUGGAAGAAUCUUCCACCAACAAAGAUGAAACAAGAGAGGCUGAAGAACCCGAAAAUGUCGAUGAAGAAAUUGCCACUGAGGCUGUGGAACAGGAAGCAGAAGAGAGUCUCGUCAGAAAAUUCCAUAGCUUGGAAGAUGUGCGACGAGCAUCUACAGAUGAUGUGUGUUCCCAACCCACACAUGCUGUCAUCAUUACGGAAGCUGCAUCUAUUGAUGCCCUGGAAUGUACCGAUGAACCCACCGAUGAAACAUCGCGCAAAACUAGUUUAAUGUCACCCAUGAAUGAGGAUAUCACUGUGGUGGCAUCUCUGGAUGCUUUGCAGGAACCCAAAUCGGCUUGUGUCUCCCCGGCCAGUUCCAAUGGUGGGGUGUAUAGUUGUGAAUUCUUGGAAAACUUUGCAUUAAAUCUACAUCGCAUCGAAAAGGAUGUCCAACGCUGUGAUCGCAACUAUUGGUAUUUUGCCAAUGAAAAUUUGGAUAAACUGCGAAAUGUCAUAACCACCUAUGUCUGGGAACAUUUGGAAGUUGGCUACAUGCAGGGCAUGUGCGAUCUGGUGGCUCCUCUCUUGGUUAUUUUUGAUGACGAAGUCCUGGCCUAUGGCUGUUUUUGCAAACUAAUGGAGAGAAUGAUUGAAAACUUCCCCAACGGUGGUGCCAUGGAUAUGCAUUUUGCUAAUAUGAGAUCCCUCAUACAAAUUUUGGAUUCGGAAAUGUACGAUUUAAUGGAUUCGAAUGGUGAUUAUACGCAUUUCUAUUUCUGUUAUCGUUGGUUUUUGUUGGAUUUCAAACGCGAACUGGUCUACGAUGAUGUUUUCGCGACAUGGGAAGUGAUAUGGGCGGCCAAACAUGUUGCCUCGGGGCAUUUUGUACUGUUUUUGGCGCUGGCCCUUUUGGAAACUUAUCGAGAUAUAAUACUAUCAAAUAGUAUGGAUUUCACAGAUGUCAUCAAGUUUUUCAAUGAAAUGGCAGAACGUCACAAUGCCCAAUCAAUUUUGCAAUUGUCACGGAGUCUAGUCUUGCAAUUGCAGACAAUAAUUGAAAAUAAAUAAAUACGCAAAAAAAAAAAAAAAAUAAGAACAACAACAAAACCAUUGGAAAAUAAUAACAACUGUACGAAACUCUACUCUCAUCUUGGAGAAAGGAAAAUAACAACAAUUAUCUAUUAGACAGUAACAAAAAUUAAAAAAAAGAGAAAACAUUUAUUUUUAAUGGGAAGAAAAAAGAUACUAUAUAUAUACAAGAAAAAUACUAUAAUACUCAUAUAUAUAUAAAUAAAAUAUACAUACAAAUACCUGCAUACAUAUAUUUAUAGAGACAACCAAAGAGAGACAAAUGAAAAAUUCAACAAAAACAACCAAAUAGAGUAGAGUAGUUUACAUCACCACCCAGAAGAAACAAAAAACAACAACUGUAGAACCAAGUGAAAAAAAACCGAAAACCAAAAAUGUUAUACAAAUUUGUAGUGAAAUCACAACUCAAAUUGUUCACCAAGAGCGUUAAAUUUUCGCUCGACCAUGAAUCCUUCUCUUCCAUUAUUUUGUUAUUGUUUCUUUUGAAAAUCUAAUCUUCUUUUGUAUUGUUUAUUACACUGUCAUGCAGUAAUUACGGGAAAAUCCUGCAGAUUAUGAAAGUAGAGGUAAAAAUAAUGAUAAUAAGAACAAGAAGAAGGUACCCAAAAUAGAGGGGUCAAGUUCCCUCUACCAAACUUUUGGAAAUUUUUGGAUUAAGAUUGGUAAUAUUGCAAGUAAAAAUACAAUCUGAAACUAAUCGUUUGGAAAAUAUCAAGAAAAUGGACAAGACCCUCAGAAUAAUUUAAUUUAUAUAAGGGCUGUAGCAAACGCUGACAUUGACAUUGUAAAAUCUCAAAAUUCCAUAAUUUUGACGAAAUUGAAAUUAAAUCAGAGCAAAAAGUAACAUUAUUUAAGAUCGCAGAUAUCUCUAAACAAAUUGAUGAUACUUUUCAAAUUACAUAUAGAAUAUACAAAUUUCUUUUGUUCAGAGACUCGCAAUGAAAUUUGAUCUAGAAUAAUUCUUACUUUGACACCUUUCCCAAAAAAUGAAGGGAAAUUUGAAUAGGAUUGGAUACGUGCUAAAUGAUCUCUUAAAAAAACGAAUAUAUUAUUUUUACUAGUAGUGCAUACAUUUAGAUUUUAAUUUUCAUAAAAAAAAAAACUAUUUCACUUAGACACGUAGUUCAUUCUGAGAUUUAUUCUGAAAUUUUGUGUAGAAUAUUUCUUCUUUUAACACCUUACGCCUAAAACGAAUUCUUAUGUUACUUUACGUAUUAACUCGAAAAAUUAAUCAAAAAAUUAUGAAUUAUUUUCGGGGAUUUCCGGAAUAUUGAUGCAAAUAUUUAGUUGAUAGAAAUGCAAAUAGAGAUUUCCUCUUUGGCGAUUUAUAGUAGAAUUUGAUAAGGAAUAUUUUUGCCUUUGACGUCAUCUUUCUAAAUUGAUGCUUUGUUGGAAUAUGUUUACCUUUUAUACUAAAAAAACCUUCAAGAUCUUUCAUUUUGAAGUUCGCCGAGGAGGAUAUUAGAAGAGUGAUUGUACAAUGAAUCCUAAUUCAAUUUGUCUGCCCAAAAAAGUUUUAAUGUCUAUAUAUAUAUAUAUAUAAAUUCAUGAAACCAACAGUGACCUCAACAUCAAAUUUCAGAAUUUCAGCCCUAUCCCUUCAUCCAUUUCCAAAUUUAGUACUUUCGUACACAAUUCCAAAACCACCUCCGUAUUUCAAUACCAGAUGCCAACAUUGACCUCAAUAUCAAACCUCAGCUCUUUCCCCUCACUCAAUACCAAAUUAGUACUAUUUAGUACUUUGUGCAUUUGCUGUACACAUUUUCCAAACCAUUUCCAUAUCUCAAUCAAAGAUACCAACAGUGACCUCAAUAAUAAAUUUAAUACUGUUCAUAACUAUUCUCACAAUUUUAGUACACAUUUCGAAACCAAAAAGGAUUUCAAUAUAAAAUUUCUGGAUUCGAGCACUAUUCCAUUAACCAAUGCUCAAUUUUGUAAGACUUGGUAAUUUUCGAGCAAUACACUCUUCCAAAACCACCUUCAUAUUUCGAUUUCAGAUUUUAAUUGAGACCCCAAUAUGAAAUGUAAGGAUUUCAGCUCUAUCCCUUUGUUCAACACCGAAUUUACUACCAUUUAGUACUUUUCGUACAAUUAUAGUACACAUCUUUAAGGUAAUCUCCAUAUUUCAAUUCCAGACACCAGUAGAUGCCUUAAUGUGAGGAUUUUAAUUUUGAGGAUUCAAACUCUAUCCAAAUACCAAAUUUAGUUUCAUUUAGACUUUUCGUACAAAUGUAGGUCGCAAAUUCAAAGCAAUGUCAAAUCUCAAACACAGAUACCAUCAGUAAUCUAAAUAUGAAAUUUCAGAAUUUUUCUGUAUCCUUUCACCCAACACAAAAAAAUAGUACCAUUCAGUACUUUUUGUACGAUUGUAGUUCUCAUUUUCGAAACCACAACCAUAUUUCCAGGCUUCAGACAGUUCGCACGCACUUAGAACACAUUUCCAAAACCGCCUCAAUAUUUCAAACUUACUUUUCAACCUUGAUUCUCAUAACAAAUUUUAAGUUAAAAGCUCGGAUACGUAAUACCAAAUUGUACCAUUUUAAAAGUUUAGUGCCAUUUCAGUCCAUUUCGUAACCUUAAAGUGUGAAUUUCUAAAAACGUUUUGGUACAUCUAUCCCGCACUCCAUCAGUGACCCUCAUGACAAAUUUCAGAAUUCUAGCUUAUUCCGUUUGUCCAAUAUAAAGUAUUCGAAUUUUAGUACUUUUAGUAACCUAGCUUCAAGCUUUAGCCAUUUCGUGUGGGCGUUGAUUCUUUGUCGGUUAUUUUACAGUUUUUUUAUAGAGGGUGAGAUGAAAAAACUGCAACCAACUUCAGACUGCUGUCAUUUCUAAGCCACUCGUCCGACAGCUGUUAAAAUUAUUCCCAUGGCAGCUUAUUAUAUUGUUUACAAGCGUACAAAAGCAAGGAAGUGGACGGACGAAAGCAGAAGUGGUUCGAAAAGUAAAGAAGCGACUUGAUCGAAACUCGCGUCGCAGUGUCCUCCUUAUAUUCGUUAUUUUGAUGAUUUUAGCUAUAUUAUUCACCGGGAUUGUUUCAAAUUUGGUAUUUGAAGUUCGUAAUAGAUACUUCAGUCUAUGACAGAAAAUUGUCUGUGCAGGUCGACGUCUUCGAUAGCCCCCAUAUAACGGUACCUCCCUAUAUUCGGAAUUUUGAUGAUUUUAGCGAAAUUAUUCACCAGAAUUGUUUAAAAUUUGGUAUUUGAAGUUCGUAAUGGAUACUACAGCCCAUGACGGAAAAUUGGUCCACGUGGAGGUCCACGUUUUCGUAUAUUCCCAAUAUAACGGUACCUCCCUAUAUUCGGAAUUUUGAUGAUUUUAGCUACAUUAUUGCAGAAUUAUUCACAGAAUUUUUUUCACGUUUCGCAUUUGAAUAUUCUAAUGGCUUAUGACAAUAGUUGCCUAUGCAGGUCCAUGUUGUCGUAUAGACCCUUAAAUAACGGUUACAUUUGGUAUUUUUAGGAUUUUAACAAAAUUUUUAACGGGAUUUUUUUUUUGAAAAUUGCCAAAUUUGUUCUUAAUAGUGGAGGGUAUUCAAAGAUCGGCCCGACAAACUUAUAGCUUUUUACUUGUUUAGCUCUACUUUCAAAAUCUGCUGGAUUUUCCCUGUAAUUCUUUUUGAUGUUACCCAGUGUUAUUUUUGUUAUGAAAGAGAAAAUAAAUAGUUACGAAAAAUGCAUAUCAUUCACUGAUUAAAAUGCGUUAAAUUUCCACAAAUACCCAAAACUAGUUGCAGAAAUGUUAAUUAUUUAUAAAAAAUAUGGACACACACACACACACAUAUAUACACUUGUUUUUGAAAGCGGCUGGGAUUGCAAUUAAAGAAAAUAUAAUGUGCUGUUAAAAAGAAGGAGGUAUUAAAAUGUAUUUAUGCCUGGAAGUUAUAUAUUUUGUUAAAAUCUUUGAUUAUAUUAAAAAAAAAUAUCGAAAAUCAAAAGGUACCCUCAAAAUAUCGGAAAGUAUCCUUACAUGACCUAUGAUGUACGGGUAAAAGUUCUUCUGAACACUCUUAAAUUUUUGGGCAUAUCCCGGUGAUGUAUUUUUGCCUGGACUUUCUCGUUUGAUUUUAUUUUUCAUUUGUUUUUAAAG